AAUCUCCGUGUUAGUGUGUCCGCUUUGAGGCAACCGUAGAAGAAAGCGGGCUCGCUGAUGUCACUCACGCCAAUAAGUUAGUUAGCCCAAAGUAGCUAGCGCAGUGUUGGAGAGUGUUACGAGUCCGGUGCCUUUUGUCGCCUUUCCCUUUAAGGCUGGUGUUGAAAGAUGCGGCGCGGGGAGCAUGUGCCGCACGCGUUCCAGGCCCCGGUGGACGUCCACGCCAGCGCCGACGGCCAGGUGUACAUGUUCAAGAGGAAAGCCAACGGCACGGCCGCGUCGUCAGACGGUGAAGACGAGGAGGUGGAGGAACUCGGUCUGAUGGAAAUGAGACCUCGGGUGUUCCAAGAGCCCGAACAGGACAGGCUGGGGAAUUUCCACCUGCUGGAACGGGACGUGUUGGACGGCGACAAUCUCAACAAGCUGGCGUUGCAGUACGGAUGCAAGGUGGCAGACAUAAAGCGCGUGAACAACCUCAUACAGGAGCAGGAUUUAUUUGCACUGAAAUGCAUCAAAAUUCCUGUUCCCAAGCACAGCUUUUUAACGGAAUCGCACGCAGACCCGAGUGACUAUUUAGAGGAAAUGCCCGUCAGGGACCAGCCGCACAGACACCAGGUUAUGGACUUCUGCACUGAGGUGGACAAUGACAAGGAGAAGCUAAUCCCGACCACGGACAACCGCGACGUGGAGCUGUUGGAUGAUGGACCCAAAAUAUCGGGCCUAAGAGGACAGAAGGGCCAGGGGGCAGACUGGGGCAUCCAGUGGUGGAACGCCGUGGUGGCUAUGCUGCUCAUCGGCAUCAUCCUGCCCUUGUUUUACGUUAUUUACUUCAAAACCAAACACAGUGGUGCAGCCUCGCCGGCAGAUGGCAGUGUCACGUCAUCUCCCGUCACGUCAAACAACUCCGGAGCCGGCGCCUUUGGUACCGCUGGACCUGAGCCAGGAUAGAACUCCCCCUCUAGAUUGCAUAAAUCCAAAUGUCUUGAACAUCACAUGCAAUACCUGCCUUGUCUUCUGUUAAAGUCGGCCAUUUGCAAUCCAUUGCAAUCAUGUCAACUUAAAAUUCGUCAAUAACAUCUUGCCAGUAAUUGUUACUGUUCUGCAUGUUGUUUUAUGGUAAGUAUUUUUGUGUUUUCGUAGCUAUUUAAAAAACAUCUCCAGCUACAGUGUUGUCCCUCAUAUUUGCGGUUCACUUUCACAACUAUAAGCGUUUUUCUUUCUGUGGAACCCAUUCCCAGCUUUUUUCUGAAAAACUAACAUGACGUUUUUUGUCCUCAUCGGAAACACCCUACGAUUCCACAGGAUGGCGCCAAAGCCCUGUCUAACGGAAAGGUACUGCUGUGGGGCCCGUAUAUUGGCAUCUUGGUGCCAAAGAACUAUGUUGAAAUGAGGAAAGGAGCUUCUAUUCGAGACCAAAGCACUAUUUAUUACAUACACAUUAAUAGUGCCUUAGUGCGGUGUACUGACAUCUAAAAGGUAAUUACAAACAUUUUUAAGGGCAUCAAUUAUUACUGUACAGCACGGGACACCAACAUGGUGCCCGCGGGCAUCGGAUAGUCCCCAAAGACCACGAGGAGUCUGCAGGCCUGCUCUAAAAAUGGCUCACCAAUGAUGGGACAUUGUGAUCUUUUAGGAAUACUGUAGUAGUGAUUAUUUUAAAAUGUAAACACUUGCCGAGAUUUACAGAAAUGAAGUGUUGCAUAUUGAUAAUUGUUUCUUACUGUGUUACAUCAUUGUUGAUAAUUAGUGUGAGAGAGCAAUAAAGCCUCGGCAGCAUCUUGUGGCAUCAUUGAGCGUUUCAGAAAGAGGACAAACUGCAAAUAGUCCGUUUUUCAGCAAAUAACUGAAUAGGUUAGACAGAAAAAAAAACUUGACUGGUGAAUUGUGAAUAUGGGAGGAUACUGUAUCGUGGCUUGUUUUCUAGGAAAUUAAGAGGUGUGUGUAUCAGGUGUUGGCUCAAAUUGCUGUACAUCAUGAGUGUGUUGUAUUUAAAGUUAUGUUUUUAUUUUCUGUGUUUAUAUAUGUCGAUUCAUUUUGCAUUGUUCCCUUGGGCUGGAUUUACACUACAGGUCCAAGUGCCCAGUUCUUAUUUGAAUGCCUAAAUCUUUUCUUUUGGUUUAUUUUCAUGUGCAUUUCAAGUGACCAAACACUUGAAAUGACUUACAUUUUUUUCAAAUCUUUCAACCUAUUUUCCCCAUUCUUUACUAAUCGGCAGCAGAACAAAGUGGUGUGAAAAAGUAUUUGAUCCAUUCUCAAAUUCUUUAUUUAUUUAGCAGUUUCCCCACUUUGUUUAUCAUUAAACAAAUGUAAAUAUCAGACAAAAAUAACCCAGGUAAACAAAGUGCCAUUUUUAAGUGCUGAUUUUUAUAUUAUUAUUCAAUAUUAUAUAUUGAAUAAUUCAAAGCGAUCUGGGCCUGUGUGAAAAAGUAAUUUCCCCCCUUGUUAAAUCAUGAAUUAACUGUGGGUAAUCAAAUUUUUGGAAAAGCUGAGUUCAUUUUCACUGACCACACACAAGCCUGAUUACCUCCAGAUCUGUUCAACCAAGAAAUCACUUAAAAAGAACCUGCCUGACAAAAUUAAGUUGGGUAAAAGAUCUCAAAAAGCUCCAACAAAAUGUCACGAUCCAAAUCAAUUGAAGAACAGAUGAGAAAUAAAGAAAUCAGUUUGGAAAGGGUUACAAAGGCAUUUCUAAAGUUUGGUGACUCCAACAAACCAUGGUGAGAGCCAUUGUCCACAAAUGACAAAAACAUGCAACAGUGAUGAACCUUCUGUAGGCCUCCGUUAAGGUGAGGAAGAGUGGGCUGAAAUUUCUCCACCCAGAUGUGAAAGAUUCAUUGCCGGUUUAGUUGGGUUAUCUUUUUCUGAUAUGUAUAUUUCUUUGAUGAUCUUAAACAUAAAAAGUAAGGAAACUAUGCAAAAAUAAAUAAACUUCAGAAGGGGACAAAUACUUUGUCACAGCACUCUAGGUUGGUUCCACCAAAAACAUCUGAUUCUGACCCCAGAAAAAUUGAGAAAAUUAGAUUUAUGUAUGUCAAGCAGAGCAGAACUAUUUCUUGAAGCAAGCCCUGUAUCUGCAACUUCUUCCUCCUCCACCUGCUCCCACACGUCACUUUGCAGUGUAGAACUUUACUAGCCUAUGCAUGAAAUUCAGGGGUUUUACACACCCCUUAGUUUCUGGCUCUGUACCGCACACGUUGAAUAUGCACAGCUGUAACAGAUGUGUGAUGUAACAAACAAUUUGGACCAGUUCAGCAACUUUCGGAUGAAGGGGGUAGUAUGUUAGUCCCACCCCAAGUUAGUCCUUACCUACAUAACCUUCUGGAGCGUCUGCUGUUGAUCCAGAGGGCAACCACUCUGGCGAAUCCGGGUCAAGUUCGCAAGGGUCCCGGAUUCAGGAGAGGUGGGCUGAGGUGAACUGGAUUGUCAAGGAAUCUCGCUACGUGGCCCGGGGUCAAUCAACAUUUUUUUUUUUUUGUCACGGCACUCAUCCCCAAAGUGUCAUCCUUUCUUCGUCUCAAUAUUCUCAGUCCUUUUUCACGAUCGAGACACUCAUUAGUUUCAUCACAACACAUACUCUGUGUGAGUUGUUUAUACUGGUCUGAUUUUCACAUUUUUGCCAGUUUUCUGUCUGAUAGUCUCAUCUUUUCAUGACUUUCUCUGCUUAUCUCUCAUUCAAAGCACUGCUGCCAUCUACUGGCAUCUGUGUGUCAUCACAGUACAGUACAAGCUUGCAAUUCGCAAACAAGCUGCGCCACACCCUCCUUCACCCCCUCCCCAGUCAUAAACGAACUUGAUGUCUCUAGGGAGGAUUCUCAGUCAAGACAAUGGAUGGAUGGAUGUACUACGGCAGUGAUUAUUUCACGUACCACAAGGAGCCCACUUUCCACUUUGGGAAUCAUUGGUCUAUACUGUUUGUGUCAUUUAGAUUUACAGAAGGUGUCAUUUAUAUUGUUUGUGCAGAUGUGGGUGUUUAUUAUCACCAACUGGCAUAUUUUGAUGACAUCAAGCUGGCAUCAAGGCGGAUUAACCCACCUGUGCAUUUACACGGAACUCGCAUUGGCAGAGACCCAAUUAUGCAUCAGAUCUUUAUCAACAUUUGCAAGAAAGCUGAUUCCGUUCUGAAGAUAUUCAAUUCCGUGAAUUUUUUCGUUCGUCUACGUUGCCAUGACUCAUCCCAAUUGCGUCACUUGUUGUAUGUAAUGUAAAUCCAGCCUUGUUGCUCGUGCCGAGUCGACCGGAAUGGCAUGCCAAACGUGUGAACUGUGUUUACAAAAGCACAAUUCAGUGCAAUAAUGUACAGUGCGUACGGAAAGUAUUCAGACCCCCUUAAAUUUUUCACUUUUUAUAUUGCAGCCAUUUGCUAAACUCAUUUAAGUUAAUUUUUUCCUCAUUAAAUGUACACACAGCACCCCAUUGACAGAAAAAAAACUGAAUUCUUGAAAUCUUUGCAGAUUUCUUAAAGAAAAACUGAAAUAUCACACAGCCAUAAGUAUUCAGACCCUUUGCUCAGUAUUUAGUAGAAGCACCGUUUUGAGCUAAUGAGUCUAAUGAGCCAUGAGUCUUUUUCGGAAUGAUUUUUCACAGUUUUUCACACCUGGAUUUGGGGAUCCUCUGCCAUUCCUCCUUGCAGAUCCUCUCCAGUACUGUCAGGUUGGAUGGUAAAUGUUGGUGGGCAGCCAUUUUCAGGUCUUUCCAGAGAUGCUCAAUUGGGUUUAAGUCCGGGCUCUGGCUGGGCCAUUCAAAAACCGUCACAGAGUUGUUCUGAAGCCACUCCUUCAGUAUUUAAGCUGUGUGCUUAGGGUCAUUGUCUUGUUGGAAGGUGAAGGUGUCUCCCUGUCCCUGCAGCUCAGUUUGGCCAGACGGCCAGCUCUAGGAAGGGUUCUGAUCGUCCCAAACGUCUUCCAUUUAAGGAUUAUGGAGGCCACUGUGCUCUUAGGAACCUUAAGUGCAGCAGAAUUUUUUUUGUAACCUUGCCCAGAUCUGUGCCUUGCCACAAUUCUGUCUCUGAGCUCUCCAGGCAGUUCCUUUGACUUCAUGAUUCUCAUUUGCUCUGACAUGCACUGUGAGCUGUAAGGUCUUAUAUAGACAGGUGCGUGGCUUUCCUAAUCAAGUCCAAUCAGUAUAAUCAAACACAGCUGGACUCCAGUGAAGGUGUAAAACCAUUUUAAGGUUGAUCAGAAGAAAUGGACAGCACCUGAGUUAAAUAUAUGUGUCACAGCAAAGGGUCUGGAAUACUUAUGGCUGUGUGAUAUUUAAGUUUUUCUUUUUUAAUAAAUCAGCAAAAAUUUCAACAAUUACGUUUUUUCUGUCAAUAUGGGGUUCUGUGUGUACAUUAAUGAGGGAAAAAAUGAACUUAAAUGGUUUUAAGAAGUGGCUGCACUAUAACAAAGAGUGAAAAAUUUAAGGGUGUCCAAAAACUUUCCGUACCCACUGUACGUGUGAUGUGUUUCCACUUUUUAGUUUGUAACUUAAAGAAUAAUAAGUUAACACAGGGUGCCUUAAGCAUUCACUGCUAAAUUAAUAUUCUGAAAUGUGCACCUUUUUUGGACAUUGUAAAACUUCAGGGAGUUGUGAUUAUAUCUUAACAAAAUUAGCCUUGAACAUGGAUAUGGCUUAAUGACUGUUUUUUUUUAAUGGUUUUCAAACUGUUGAGUAAAUAUUGAUUAUAAAUAUUGA